UUAGUGGUGGCCAUGAUAGUACAUCCUGUGAAACAUUAACCCUGUGGUGCAUGGUGUCAACUAUUGUGGAUGGCUGUUAUUGGCUACUUUUACCUACACUGUGACCAUGUUUUUAAGUCUUCAAUCCGUGCAGUCCACUCGAAUGGACACUCUCCAUCUGCUGCUGCCAUCAGUAGUGCGGUAGUGUAUUUAUUAGAGUGUCUUCUUACAUCCAAACAUCACAGGUGAUCAAGAUGGCUUCUAGGAAGCGUGGCUGUGGACCAGUGUGUAGUAUUUCAGCAAAAGAUUUCUAUGGGUGUUCAAGAUGCAGGGAAGUAACCGAAGAUUUGCCAUCUGAUUCAGAUUGCACACUGGCCGACGAAACUGACGAUGAAUUCGGGAAAGCACAGUCAUCGAGAAACUUAAUGGUGGAAACAAGUUCCAGCUCUGAUGACAAUGGUUCUGAUUCUGAUGAUAGUGAGAGUGAAACUCCAUGUGAUGCUACAAGUUCUGAGCCAGUAAAAAGAACACAGCUGUCAAACUACAAGUGGCAGCAGAUCGACAGUAAUUCUGUACCAGUACCAAAAUAUACAGGUGUGGAAAAAAUAAAUAUAACUGGAGACAGUCCUAUUGAUUUCUUCACAGAAAUAAUUUCUCAUGAAAUGUUGGAACCAAUUGUGUUUCAAACUAAUCUGUAUGCUCUUCAGAAUAGCAAAUUGAAUCUAGGACUGACAGUUCCUGAACUGAAAACAUUUCUAGGUGUGAACAUAGUGGUGACAUAUACCAAGUACCCUCGUACCCAAUCAUACUGGUGAUCAGAUGGAGGUCUAAGGAUGGAUUUAGUAGCCAACUCUUUACCAGUCAAGCGGUAUGAUAAUAUACUGCAUUUUCUUCAUUUUGUGGAUAAUAGUGCAGUCAAUCAAAGCAACGCAGAUCGUCUGAACAAAAUCUGUCCAUUUCUGGAGUGUCUGCAAAAAAAGUUUCUUCAUGCCACACAAGCUGAGGAGCAUCAGUGUAUUGAUGAUCAGGUCAUACCUUUCAAGGAUUGGAGCAAUAUCAAACAGUAUGUUGCUAACAAGCCAAAGAAAUGGCGACUGAAAGUCUGGGUGAGAGCUGGUUCGUCUGGUUAUGUGUACCAUUUUGAAAUAUACCAAGAUGGAUCUGGUGCGAGGCAGCCAGUUAGUGAGUUUGGAGCUUGUGCUGAUGUGGUUCUACGACUUUGUGAUGAUAUCAAGAACAAGAACCACAAAGUAUUUUUUCACAACUUAUUUACAUGUCCCCCACUACUCCAGGAGCUUUUUUUUUUUUUUUAAAAAAAAAAGGCAUUUGGGGCACUGGGACAAGCCGAGCAAGACAUGAUAAAGGGUGCACGAGGGAACUGUGUAUCUGUUAUGUGUAAAGAGGGCAUAACCAUUACAAAAUGGUUUGACAAUAAGUGUGUGCAUAUUGCUUCUACCUGUGCUGGUGCACAGCCCAUAUCACAAGUUCAGCGCUGGAGCAAAAAGGAGAACAACACCAUCAGUGUACCUCAACCAUUCAGCGUCACUUGUUACAAUCUUCAUAUGGUAGGUGAAAACAUCAUGGACAAGUGUCUAGCAUUAUAUCCACAUUGUUGACAAAACAGGCAGUGGUACCUGAGUGUCUUUUUCCAUUUUAUUGAUGUGGCCAUUGUGAACUCUUGGUUGCUAUAUAGGCAGGCAAGUAAUGACAUCCGUCUCCUUGAUUUCAAGGCAUCAGUAGCACGAUCACUCAGAAACCCGGGAAAAUAUGAAGAGUAGUCACCAGUAAGGAGAGGGUGACCUGUUUCUACUCCAAGAUUCCAGAAAAAGAUACCAGUUUGUAAAGCAGCAGAUGAGGUGAGAUUUCAUCAAGGGAGUCAUUGGCUGAAACGUUUGGCCAUCAAAAAUGCAAACAGAUGUCAUAGUCAAUUGUGCAAAAGGAAAACUAAGUACGUUUGCACUAAAUGUAAGGAACCUCUAUGUCCAAAUUGUUUUGAGAGUUUCCAUACAAAAAGAAAUAAUAAACAGAUACAGA